UUAUAUUUCUAAAUAACUCACUUUCUAGAUUAUAGGAGCUAAAUAAUAUGUUUAUAACACAAUAUUGCUAUAUUAUAGGAACCAAAUAACUAUCAAUUAUUUCCAAGAAUAAAAUGUGAUUUGGAAAUUCUGUUAUCAAUUUUUACUUCCAUAUCUUGUACCAUCGUGUUUGAAAGAGACUGCAAGGAGCAAAAAUAUUUCUCGAGACUUCUACACGUAAUCAAGUACAUUUUUAAAACUAAACUGUUUUCAUAUUAAUUUGUGUUUUUUAUAUAGUUCAUUUACAAAAUAAAUUUAAAUGUUUUAUAAAUUCUUUAUAAAAUUUAUACACAAAGCGUUAAGUUUAGUUUUUGUUAACUUUCUUAUUUUGUGAAAUGUUUGAUUAUCUUUGGAGAUGAUAAUAUUUUAAUAUUUUCAAAAUUAUAUUUCUAUUUAUCUAUUCAAUAAUGAAAUACUAAUCCAAAAAAACAAAAAAAAAAUAUAUAAGAAGAAAUAACACAUAUGAAAGUUUGAAACAAUCUACUUGAUGAAGAACAAUUAUACUCUAAUAUUAUUAUGUUUGAACAACCUUAGUGUACUCGAUAAUAUAAAUUUAUGAAGCUAAAAGUUUAUUUUUUUAAUAACUUGUGAAAUUUUGAAAUAACCAAUUUAAUAAAAAAAAUAUACGGUAAAAUUAUUAUGUUCUAAAAAUUAAUAGAUACACCUCAUAUAUAUUAUAAUAUAUACCAAUUUAGAAAUAAAACAAAAUGUUUAUAUAAAAAUAAAUGAAAAUAAACACCCGCGCGGUUGUGCGGGUCGAGAUCUAGUAUAUGGAUUUAAGGUGCAAUAGAUAUUUGGUAGAAUGAUAUUUUUGUUUUCUAGUUUUUUAUCACAUGGAUUUUGAAAAUCACAUGGAUACAUAUAAUAUUUUGAAAGUUGAGUCUUAUGAGUAAAAAUGAAUAGAAUUCAUCUCCCAAAUAACAUUAGAUUUAGUUAGAAUUAUUGAAUUAAAAAUAACUAACCUUUUUUAAUAACAAUAGAUUUUGAAAAUUCUUAAACCAAUAACAAUGGAUUCUACUAAGAUUUUUGAAAUCGAAGAACCAAUAACAAUGGAAUCUCAAAAUUUUCAAAGUUCAUGAAAAUUCACUUACCAAUAAUCCCCCUUUAAUGUGCAAUCUGAUGUGAUCAAAAGCAACAUUCUCUAUCUUAGUUCUAUACAAAAAGAAAAAUUAUUUAAAAACCCGUAUGAAGUUCUCCCAUUGGAGGAAGAAAAAUUUAUUUGCACUAACAAAGGUUCUUAACAAAUCAAAUCAUCUUAUUAACCACUAAUUUAAUCAUAAAAACUCAUUAGAGGUACUAAUGGAUGGACUUGCUCUUACAUACGCGCGUUAAAUUUGAGAACGCACGAGCGGUUGACUCGCGCGUGGACUAAUCGUCCUUUGGUUUUGUGCUAAACCUCGCUUCUGGUCUGUCCCGAUCCCAAACCGGGAAAAUAGGCUCGUUCCGACCGAACACGCUUCUUCUCUCUCACUUCUGUGUCAGAUGAUUGCGAUCAGAAACAGAUAUUUCGUUAAAGAUAAUCCCAAAAUAGGAAAAGUUUUGGAAAUGAUGGAAGUUUUAAGUUAGCCACGCGAGAGAUAUUGAAAACAUGUGGCUAGUGUUGUGCAAAGAGACCGAGUCACCCGAGCAUCUUCUCCCUCACGCCCACUCCGACCUAACCAACCAAACCUCGCCACGUUAUCUAUAAUCCGAGUUCCCGUGAGUUAGGGAUCUUUACUUGAAUGAACCAGACAUGACCGCAGAGUCACACACACCCACACACACACAAGUUUUGUCGUCCCCUCGUAUGGAAUCCAUUGUGGGGCGACACAAACAUAAUAUCUUCUUUUGCUUCUGCUCUUCUUGAUCUUCUGUCAAGAUUCGUUUUAGCUCCCCAAAUAUAUUUAAAAAGAAAAGGUUAUAAUCAUUUGGACGUGGGAUUGAUCUAAAGUGUUGUUAGAUCUUUGAUAUUCAGAAGGUACACAAAAGAAAGAAGAUCUAAAGAUGGGAGGAAUGAAAGAUGAGGCAAACAGGAUAACAAUUCCUCCAUUGUUCCCAAGAGUUCAUGUCAAUGAUACUGGAAGAGGAGGCUUGCCUCAGCCAUUUGAUGGCAAAUCAAAACGUUACCCUCUUCCUUCUCCGACCAACAAGAUCUGCGAUUCUCCUUCCACACUCUCUCUGUCUCUUGCUCCCCAAGCCAACAACACCCGUCGCCAUGGUCGACCUGAAAAGAGUCAGUUUACACAAAUCUGCAACACUUCUCCAGCAUCAAAGUUUGAGGGGAAGGUGAAUCAUCCAAGUGCCAGGGGAUCAUCAGUUACUAAUACUAAGCCUAGUUCAAUAAUACAAAAUGAGUACCAUUUCAAGAACCUUACCAACUUGGAUUCUCUUAAGGCUCCUCUUGUUAGACGCUCAGAAACAAAUCCACAAGCAAACACAGAUUUAUCACUCCAGUUUUGUACUAGUAGUAGCAGCAUAGCUGGAGGAGGUGGAGAAGCUGCUGGUUCCAAGGUUGCCCUGGACAAUCUUCAAAUUCGAGAAUUACUUUUGCAAGAUGAAAGCAAGAACAGGUCUCUCAAUAUGAUGAAAACUCAGUUGUAUAGAAGAAGAGCCGUUGAUGUAUCUAACGUUGAAACUCAAAAGAAGCUCAAAACCGUGCCUCCACGUGAACAAGAUGUCUUAGACCGUUCUGCCAUAGACUCUUUGUCUGGUAUGAGUGCUUCAUCUAAUGAUGUUGCAAGAGUGAUAGGUGACAAGAUGUUUUGGAAGAUGAGAACUUAUAUGAUCAACCAGCAGAAGAUCUUUGCAGCACAAGUAUUUGAGCUUCAUAGGCUGAUAAUGGUUCAAAAGAUGGUUGCAAAAUCACCAAACCUGGUUCUUGAAAGUAAGCUUAAUGGCCUAAGAAGUGGUUCAAUGGUUGCUUCAAAGGUUAAGAAACCAAACACAGAGAAUCACAAACCUGUAACUGAAGAAUAUCCAGAACAUAUGAAACCAAAGCUUCCUCUACCUGCCAUAACCAAAGAGCUCAUGAAGCCAAUUUGGCAACAACAGCUACUUCCUCCUCCUGGAAACCAAUGGUUAGUUCCUGUAAUGUCUCCUUCAGAAGGUCUGGUCUAUAAACCAUACGCAGGACCAUGUCCUCCUCCUCCUUCAGCCUUCAUGGUUCCAAUCUAUGGACAAGAUUCGCUUGACACAUCAGCAUUCAAGUUCCCUGUUUCUACUCAGUUUAGCCACAACUACUUCCCACAGCCGAACGCUAGGACAACAGUACUUGACCAGACAAACCCGUUUGGUCAGCUUCAAAGAUGGUCUAGCACAUCGAGCCACAUGACUCAAGCCAUUCCAUUUUCUUUAAAGAAGUCUCAGGAAUCUAAUGACAGUGAUGUACAUGGAAGUACAGCUUCAAGUCCACCAGAGAAGCAUAAAUUCGAUGUACUUCCUCUAUUUCCUACAGAGCCUACUCAUCACAAUGAUGAGCAUGAGCAGAAACAGCAACCUCUGCACCGUGCCAUUAAAGCCAUUCCUCAUAAUUCAACAUCUGCCUCUGAAUCUGCUGCAAGAAUUUUCCGUUCCAUUCAAGAAGAAAGGAGGGACUCAGAUCAUAUGAUUAGGUAGUUUUUCUUUACUUUCAACAUUCCACAUUCUUUUUGCUCUAUAAUUGCUUCUUUAAAUCUAGUUAAGUUUUCCAGUGUAUUCUAUUUAAUCUUCAUGUGAAGAUGUAACAUAAACACACACACACACACACACACACAUAUACAUUGAUAUUGUAUUUGACAAACAGCUAAUAAAAGAGAGAAGUUUUUGUUCCAUUAAUAACAAUUCAGUU